UCACCUCACAUUUGUGUUGAUGAUGGAAUUUUGGAAACAACUACUAACUAUCAACUCAUUCAUCUAACAAAGGACACAACAAUCCUGUCUUUCAACUACAUUUUUCUUCCAUCUUAACAUGUCUUCAACUUCAAUCCUCAAACUUCUUUCUUUUACCUUCCUUUCCAUCUUCACUAUUGUUUCUGCUAGCUACCAAGAAGGCAAGAAAACUGUCACUUACGACGGUAGAUCGCUCAUUAUCAAUGGAAAACGAGAACUUUUCUUCUCCGGUUCCAUCCAUUAUCCACGAAGCACUCCAGAUAUGUGGCCAGAAAUUCUUGAUAAGGCCAGACAUGGAGGCUUAAACUUAAUCCAAACUUAUGUGUUUUGGAAUGUUCAUGAGGCUGAUAAAGGCCAGUUGAGCUUCGAAGGUAGAUAUGAUUUGGUAAAGUUCAUUAAGCUGGUUCAAGAGAAAGGAAUGUAUGUUACCCUUAGAGUUGGACCAUUCAUCCAAGCUGAAUGGAAUCACGGAGGACUUCCAUAUUGGCUAAGAGAGGUUCCUGACAUCAUAUUCCGUUCUAACAAUGAGCCUUUUAAGAAACACAUGAAAGAAUAUGUAUCAUCUGUUGUAGAAAAAAUGAGAGAAGCAAAGCUCUUUGCUCCACAAGGAGGUCCUAUCAUCUUGGCACAGAUUGAGAAUGAGUACAACCAUAUCCAACUUGCUUAUGAAGCUGAUGGAGAUAAUUAUGUUCAGUGGGCUGCAAAAAUGGCCAUUUCAUUGGAUGUUGGAGUUCCAUGGAUCAUGUGCAAGCAAAAGGAUGCUCCUGAUCCAGUGAUUAAUGCAUGCAAUGGAAGGCACUGUGGUGAUACCUUCACAGGACCAAACAAACCAUACAAGCCUUCCAUAUGGACUGAAAACUGGACUGCUCAGUACAGAGUAUUUGGAGAUCCACCAUCCCAAAGAUCUGCAGAAGACAUUGCCUUCUCAGUUGCUCGCUUCUUCUCUAAGAAUGGAUCUUUAGUUAACUAUUAUAUGUAUCAUGGUGGAACAAAUUUUGGUAGAACAAGUUCUGCUUUUACAACUACCCGUUAUUACGACGAAGCUCCUCUUGAUGAGUUUGGUCUUCAGAGAGAUCCAAAAUGGAGUCACCUUAAGGAUGUUCACAAAGCUUUGAGCUUAUGCAAGAAGCCUCUACUCAAUGGUGAACCUACUACCCAAAAAAUUAGCCAGUUUCAUGAGGUUAUAGUAUAUGAAAAUAAAGGCAGUAAUUUAUGUGCUGCUUUCAUCACAAACAACCACACCAAAAUGGCAAAAACAAUUCAAUUCAGAGGCUCAAACUAUUAUUUGCCACCACGUUCAAUCAGCAUUCUUCCUGAUUGCAAAACUGUAGUCUUCAACACUCAAAAUAUUGCUUCACAACACAAUUCAAGAAACUUCAAGCAGUCAAAGAAUGCAAACAAUCACAAGUGGGAGGUGUUUACUGAGCCCAUUCCAACUACAAAGGAAUUGCCACCCAGUAAAAAAGUUCCUGCAGAGCUUUACAGCAUGCUUAAGGACACCACUGAUUAUGGAUGGUACACCACAAGUGUGGAAUUGGGUCCAGAAGACUUGCCCAAGAAGAAUGAGAUAUCACCAGUUCUUCGAAUUAUGAGCCUUGGCCAUUCAUUACUUGCCUUUGUAAAUGGAGAAUACAUUGGAUCCAAUCAUGGUAGCCAUGAAGAGAAAGGUUUUGAAUUUCAGAAGCCUGUAAGCUUCAAGGUUGGAGUUAACCAAAUAGCUAUCUUGGGUUCCUUAGUAGGACUCCCUGAUAGUGGAGCAUACAUGGAACAUAGGUAUGCUGGACCUAAGACCAUAACCAUCCUUGGUUUGAACUCUGGAACAAUUGGUCUCACUGUUAAUGGUUGGGGUCAUCAGGUUGGUCUCUAUGGUGAGAAGCAUAGCAUUUUCACUGAGGAGGGAUCAAAGAAAGUACAAUGGAAAGAGGUCAAGGGACAUGGACCACCUCUCUCUUGGUACAAGACAAAUUUUGAAACACCAGAGGGAAAGGGUCCAGUUGCCAUCAAAUUGGAUGGUAUGGGAAAAGGAAUGAUUUGGAUCAAUGGUGAAAGUGUUGGUCGUCACUGGUUGAGCUACCUCUCUCCUCUUGGAAAGCCUACUCAGUCAGAGUACCACAUUCCAAGAUCUUUCUUUAAUGCAAAAUCAAAAAACAACUUGCUUGUUAUAUUGGAAGAAGAGGCAGCAAGUCCAGAAAAGGUUGUGAUCCAAAUUGUGAACAGAGAUACAGUAUGCAGUUACAUUACAGAGAAUCACCCACCCAAUGUUAAUUCAUGGGCAAGUAAGGACCAAAAACUCACACCUAUUGUGGACAACCUGGGUCCACAAGCUUCCCUCAAGUGUCCAAACCACAAAACCAUUAUUGCUGUUGAUUUUGCAAGCUAUGGUGAUCCUUUGGGUUUCUGUGGUGAGUUUAUUAUGGGAAAAUGUCAUGCACCUGCCUCCAAGAAGAUUGUUGAACAGCAUUGCUUAGGAAAAGAAAGUUGUUCGGUUCCAAUGAACAAAGCAUCAUUCACAAAUGGACAGGAUGGCUGCCCAGAUGUGAUGAAGACACUUGCAAUCCAAGUGCAGUGUGGUGGCACUAGGAAACCUUCCAGCAGGUGAGGAAUUUGA